AUGCUGCUGUGGCGCUGGACGAUCCUCCUGGCCAGCUGGACCGUUUCUGGCGAGAUCCCCUCCGUCGCAUUGGACGAUGCUCUCGAUGCUGAGACGUGCGAGUCAGGUGACUGCGACGUGUCUCUCCGGCAGCUUCGUGGGAAGCGGCUAGGAGGAUCAGACGACCUGCCCGCCAUGGAUGCCACGGACCUGGAAGGCAAGACAGGCGUCUUGAAUUGGAGCUGGCCAGCAAGAGUGGACGAGCUGGGCCGCGAGUUGCCGGACUGCCUGGCCGUGACGGAUGACUCGCUGAGCCUUACCUGGGCGCAGCUCUCCCGGAGGUCCAAGGCCGUUGCUGUGGCCCUCCGGUCCUUAGGACUGACAGGGAGCCCCUCAAGCGUCUAUCCGAAAUGCUUUGGGGACAUCGUGGGCGCACCGGCCCCCAUGGUUGUGAUGCUGCCUCACGCCGCUGAGUCCUUGAUCCUCGUCCUCGGCGUUCUGCGCCAGGGCUUCCCUGUACUACCCCUGAGUAUCACCCACGGCAACAGGACACAGCUGCUCCAACGAUAUCAGGAAGCAAUGGCCCUCUUCGAGCCGGUGGCAGUGAUUACCGACUCACCCUUAGUGUCGGAGCUUCAAGCUCACCGGCCGGCGUUGCAGGUUGUUUCAGCGCGGGAGAUCCUGGCCUCGGAUGAGAUCGGGGAUUACGAGGAUGUGCCGAGCACGACAGAACAUGCAUUGGCCUACAUGUUCACAUCCGGCAGCACAGGGCAAUCGAAGUGCGUGUGCCUGUCAAACCUCAUGGCCUACAGCGAGACAGAAGGGUAUCCAGAGCUCUUCGGCAAGCUCGGGUACCGGGUUGAUCCGCACAAGGACCGAUGGCGAAUCGAUCAUGAGAUGGGUUGGUGGGGCGCUGCCUACUUCGGGGAGGUCGACGUUGCCCUGGCCAUGCGCAUGGGUAUCGUCUUUAUGAAGCCCACAGAUCCGGACUGGGGAGCCCGUGGAGUUACAGUUUCUGGGGCACUUCCCUCACAGUUGAGUAAUCUCUGGCCGGGCGCGAAGAACUUCCCUCCGUGUCUCCGGGUGAUCUUCAGCUGGGCAGAGCGCUGUGAUGUGGAGCUGGGCGCCAUGUGGAAGGCAGCCGGCGUGCGCAUGGCCGACCUGCUCAUUGCUACGGAGUAUUUCCUGACCUUCGCUUCCUGCAAUCUGGAGACCGCAACGAGCGACGGCCGCAGCGCCCAUGCGAUGCGUCCGCUCGGCAGAGCCAAGGUUUACCUCCUCGACGAGAGCUUCGCCCCCAUCGAGGCCUCCCAAGGAGAGGUGUCGGGCUUGCUGGGUGUUGCCGGGCCGCAGGUGACGCCUGGCUACGUCGAGCGCCUCGAUGACGGAUCCGUGACGAUUGGUUCGGGACCCCUCAGCCAAGACAUGUUCAAGGUGAUUGAUGGUGCCUGGGUCGCAGUGCCGAAGGACAUCAUGAAGAAGCAAGGCGAUCGUUACAUCAGUGUGGGCCGAGGUGGUGGCACCGUGAAGGUGAAGGGUGGAGUGCUCAUGGCCACCAAUGUUGCCGAGCUAAAGCUCGAAAACGGCGGUGCAGUGGCCAGCGCGUGCAUCACAGACCCGUUGCACGUGGAGGGCGGGAGCACUGUGGUCCUGGAGCUGCGGGAGCGAGAUGCUUGGAGCCUCCGCGACAGCUUGCAGCAGGCGAGCUUUUUGCGGCUGCCAGUGCUCUUCACGCGGAAGAUGCUGCGGAAUGCGAGUACCGGGAAGGUCCAGCGGAGCCUUCUUCAGGAGGAGAGGAAGGCAGAGUUGGAGUUGGAGUUGCAAGCUCAAGCAGCAACUCACCGGGCACAGGAUUCGCAGGUGGAGUGGUACCUGAAGCUGGCGAGGCGGCCACUUCUCGCCGUCCUGCUUGUGCAGGGCGGGACGGUCUUGCGUCUUGGUCAGGCCCUUCUGGCAGCGAGCCCAUCUUCGGUCGCAUGUGCGCUUGUGGGCAUCGUGAAGGAAAGUGUCUUGCAGCUCUGCCUCGUAUCCUGGAGCUACGGUGCCCUGGCACAGGCCGGAAAUCUCGGAGGGACCCAAAGCCUCGCUGCCUUUGGCCUGACUUCUCUGGCUGCGGCUGGGGCUGGGGCUGGGGCUGGUGGCGUAGUUGGCGCGGCUUUCUUGGGCGCUGUGGUCUGGAAGGGGCUGCAAAUCGAGGAGAAGGCGAGGCAGAGGCGCUUGAUCACUUCGAUUCUCGUCGGCCUGGGCUUGAGGCUGUUGCCCGUCGAUGCCUCAAUGACCUACUCUCUGGGCAUCUGGAUGCUCUUCGCAUGGAAUCGGAGGCUGCCUGAGCCUCCCGGAGCUUCUCCGAGCGGUUUGGCUUGGGCAAUGCAGCAUGUGGCCGCCCACUGCUCAAGUAUGGUCGAGACUCUCCGGUAUUUGCUUUGCUUCCCGAUUCUCUUCGUCCUGGCGCUGCCCAGCAUCAUGCAGUUUGAGUUUCAGGGCUUGGCAUGGAAGUGGCUUGAGAAGGGCGGCGCCGGGGUGCCCAUCGCACGCAAGAAGGAGUCCACUCCCUGGGCCGGGCCAUCGGAUCACCUGGAGCACGUGCAGAGCGGCAUGGGCCGAAAUGAGGUGAUCUGGGUGGACACAGAGAGCAACUUCAUGGAGGAUGUGUCAGAACACGCCAAUGAAGAGGUGGCUGCGGUGGUGGCCCAGACUCCGGCAGCCCAGCUGGCGCAGCAGCUGGCCCGACAGGCCGGCGUGGACUUCCGAAGUGUCGACUCGCUACGCAUCGCCCGGCUUUCCGUCCUCCUCAAGAAGCACAUGCGCCCGAUCAGCGAGGCGCUUGAGUUCAACGAGCUGCGCGAGGCGUGCGCAGAUGAGCCUGGAUUCUUGCAGCUGGUGGAGGAGCGCCUUGAGGUGAUGGAGACUGCUGAAGCAGCAGCUGCAGCAGCCGCUUCGAAGUCCAGCGGCGGCUUUCAUCGCACGCUGCUGCGCUGGUUUCGGAGUGGGGCCAGGAUUCACCGGGAGGGUGCUACCAAUGCGCCGUGGGACUGUCAAGUCGAUGUGCUUCUUCGCUGGGAUGGCACCAUGCUGAACCUCAGUACUCUUCAUGAAGCAGUGCAGACUGUGCAGUGCCAGCACCCCAUGCUGCGAGCGAGACCGCCUCUCGAUGACAGCACCGACUUGAAGCUGGGCUGCGGCAGCGGGUUCUCUACCACAGUUGCUGCUACGUGGUCCUUGCUUUGCGAGGAGGUUGCUGUGCCACGUUGGCUGCGCGAGCCAGUUGCAAAGGCCAUGUUCUUUUGCUGGCCCCGCACUGCCAUACUCGAGGACGCUGCCGCUUUCAACAUCCCCGUGCUGUCCCAGAGCUUGGAGAGGGGCUGCGAGUGCAGUGCUGAUGAAGUUUACCGUGUGAUGAACGACUCCGGUUGGGCGUGGUGGGAUUCUACAUCAGCUCUCAAUAUGUGCCUGAUCAACAUGCAGACCGAUGAGCGCAUCGUACAGUUUUUGUACUGCAGCAUCACGCACAAGUACGGCGACGGCGGAGCUAUUGCCGCCUUGGUGCAUUCACUGCAAGAGGCUUACCAAGCUUUGGCCAAUGGGGAGGAACCUUCUCGCUCCGAGCAUCCAAUCCUGGCGGUGCAGCAGCAGCGGCUGCGGCGCUACUUGAGUGGCGCUGCCGGACAAGAGGGUGCUGUAGACAUGUACUUGUUCGACACUGUCAACGAUACAUACUACCACAACUGGGGUCACAGCGUUGGGGUGCAGUUUACUCACGGAGUUUGCGAUAUGCUUCGGAUGGCGGGACAGCGGAUGGCAUGCAGCGAGGAGAUUGCCUGGCUUUCAUGCAUCAUCGCCGCCAUGUUCCGGAUGCUGCCCGACAAGUUGCUGCGUAUCAUGGUGGUGCACAAUGGCAGGCUGGGAGAUGCCGAAGGGGCAGUGGCAUGCACCAGCAAUUACGUCAUGCUGUCAAUUCCAUGCCUCGAUGCUUCAUCGACGCCGCUUGCAGACAUUGCCUCGCGGGUCAAGUAUGCCAUCACGCAUGGAAAGUUCCGGCGGCCUACUACUUGUGAACAGGCGCAUGCACGCAUCAACAUCGGAGGAAUGAUUGGGAAGGAUGGCGACUUCACGCAAGUGUUCAAGUCGUCUCGAUGCAGGUCUUCUUCGUGGAGUCGGGCUCCUUACGUGAUCCAGCUUCGGAUGGACAAUGAGGGCGGCGUUUGGUGCGUGAAGGACUUCAAGUGCCACGAGUUCGUGGAUCCGACGAAAUUCUGGACUGCGGCAGUUUGCAUUGGCCGGGAGGUAGCUGAGGGUGCUUAUACCAAUCCAGUUGAGCCUUUGGCCUGA